AUGUUAGUCAACAGAUAUUUAUUAAGUAUCUCCUGGGUGACAGGCGCUAAAGAGUUAAAAGUAGCCACUGGAUCACUCCAGAGGGCCGAAGUAGAACUGUUGGACUGUGGAGUUGAAGAGGUGCAGAAACUGAACCAGCAGCUGGAAGAGAAAGAGAGAGAGCUGCAGAGGCUGCUCAGGGAGCCCGAGCACGAGCGGGACCGCGAGAUCCUGCUGCUGCAGAGGAGUUUGGCAGAGAAAGCAAAGGCCCAGGCGACCAGCGAGGUGCUCUGCCGGUCCCUGACCGACGAGACCCAUCAGCUCCGGAGGACUCUGGCCGCCACUGCCGAGAUGUGCCAGCACCUGGUCAAGUGUCUGGAUGAGAAGCAGCGAUCUGGAGGGCAUGGAGAGGAGAAACCUGCCUCGGAAAGAGCGAAUAAGCUACAGUUUCCUGAAGGCGAUAUCUCGGUUCAUGCGGCUAUUUGUAAACUACAGGAAGAAAACAGGCUCUUAAAACAAAAAGUGGUUCAUGUAGAAGAUCUGAAUGCCAAGUGGCAGAAGUACGAUGCCAGCAGGGAUGAGUACGUGAAGGGACUCCAUCUGCAACUGAAGGAACUGAAAGUCCUCCCCGAGCAAGGUCUGCCCACGAGCCCAGAGAUUAUGCAGAAGGAGAUUUUCCGCCUAAACAAACUGUUGGAAGAAAAAAUGGCUGAUUGCUUGAAAGUAAAACGAGAGCUGGAAGAUAUAAAGAAGGCAAAAGAUGGAGACAGUGAGCGUAUACAGAUGCUGGAGCAGCAGGUCAGCAAGAGCUAG